UCUCUUACAUCAUGGUCUCUUGGAUGACCAGUAUCUCAAGAAACUGUCAAGCUGUGCUUCUUCAUGCCUCAUCAUAGCCUGUUUGUGUUACAGUUUACAGCAAGCCUACAGGGCUGUAAAGAUGGCUUGUUUACUUGUUUAAACGGAGGAACGUGCGAGGUCGACUGCAAUUCUCUUCGCCCAAGAUGUCAUUGUCCUGCAGGCUUUUCUGGAGACAAGUGUGAAAAAAUGGACGAAUGUGCUGGUAAUCCUUGUGCAAACGGAGGGACUUGCAUGGAUGGAAUCAAUAGCUUCACGUGCACAUGUCCCGCGGGUUACACUGGAAGCAAAUGCGAAACUGAUAUUGAUGAUUGCGCAAGCGGUCCCUGUCAGAACGGAGCCACAUGCAAUGACGGCGUUAACAAGUACACUUGCUCAUGCAUUCCUGGAUUCACAGGAACAAACUGCGAGACGGACAUGGACGAAUGUGCUGAUAAUCCAUGUGCAAACGGAGGGACUUGCAUGGAUGGAAUCAAUAGCUUCACGUGCACAUGUCCCGCGGGUUACACUGGAAGCAAAUGCGAAACUGAUAUUGAUGAUUGCGCAAGCGGUCCCUGUCAGAACGGAGCCACAUGCAAUGACGGCGUUAACAAGUACACUUGCUCAUGCAUUCCUGGAUUCACAGGAGCAAACUGCGAGACGGACAUGGACGAAAGUGCUGAUAAUCCUUGUGCAAACGGAGGGACUUGCAUGGAUGGAAUCAAUAGCUUCACGUGCACAUGUCCCGCGGGUUACACUGGAAGCAAAUGCGAAACUGAUAUUGAUGAUUGCGCAAGCGGUCCCUGUCAGAACGGAGCCACAUGCAAUGACGGCGUUAACAAGUACACUUGCUCAUGCAUUCCUGGAUUCACAGGAACAAAUUGCGAGACGGACAUGGACGAAUGUGCUGGUAAUCCUUGUGCAAACGGAGGGACUUGCAUGGAUGGAAUCAAUAGCUUCACGUGCACAUGUCCCGCGGGUUACACUGGAAGCAAAUGCGAAACUGAUAUUGAUGAUUGCGCAAGCGGUCCCUGUCAGAACGGAGCCACAUGCAAUGACGGCGUUAACAAGUACACGUGCUCAUGCAUUCCUGGAUUCACAGGAACAAACUGCGAGACGGCAACGCUUGUUGGUUGCGUACUGUAUUUCCCAAGUACAAAGACAUCCAACUUCAUCAAACUCGUCAAUCCGUUUACCACAGCGCUUGGAGCCUUUUCAGUAUCAGUGUGGCUGAAAAUUGGUGCAAAUGAAAAUGUAGACCCCGUCAUGAUAUUUUCAUACGCAACAAACUCAACAGCAGAGUCACUAAGCGUUGGCAUCAAGAAGAAUGGUGUGUCCGAGAUCAAGUUUGCUGGCACAGGAGUUGCAAUUCCAUCUGGCUUUAACCGUGACAAUAUUUGGCAGCAUCUAGUAUUCAUGUAUGGGCAUGGAAAAUUCAAGUUGUACAAGAAUAAGGUCGAGCAAGGGCAUAAGGAUUCAGACAUCUCCUCAGGCUCCUUUGAUACACAAGGUACUUUGAUGAUUGGCCAAUACCAGGGAUCUGUCGGAGGAGGAGGCUUUGACAAGUCAAAGCGUUUUUACGACGACAUGGCGAACUUGAACAUCUGGGACUAUGCUAUUAACCAGACCAUCAUUGACGCUGUUUACUCACAAGGUUGUACUGGCUCUUCCUUUGCCACACCGAUCUUGUCUUGGGGACAGAUUACCAGUCACCCUAUAUCCGGGGGCAUUAUGGCAGAUUGCGCUUUGCGAUGCCCUUAACAAAUAGAUCAAACUGAUGAUGAAGGUGGAGAUUACAAACCUUUAUUUGAUAUUAUUCAAUAUAAUUGUCAAAACUCAAGUUACGAGGUAAAUCUCAUUUAAAUAAAGUCUGCAAGGCGAAUAUAAA